UCAAAGAUAUGUCGUCUCUCUUUUUGGGCUUGUGUGAAGUGGGAUUAUUGAGUGGCAUUUUAUCGCUUCGAAUCUCGGUUUUGUUCUUGUGAAAACUCGCAUUCGGCCAAUUUCAACCGUGCAACAUCUCUCGUCGGAUUUCUGCCCAUUCUUGGAAUCCAUCCUUACCUAUCCAGUCCUCACAUCAACAGAAGAAGAGCCAAUAGGUGCAUCCUGAUCAUUCGUGAAGAGAGGGGGGAAAGUUUCGACCCAGCCAUGUCAUCACAAGGGCCUUCAAGCGGCGACAACCGCCUUUCUUUUGCCAAGAUCGCUGCUAUGCUCCCACCAUCACAUCCGGAAGAUUACCUCGCAUCUGAUGAAAAGAAUGGUAUACAGUCAGCCGAGGAACCGGCAUGUUCCGAAUCACAGGGCCCGAAAGAUGCCCUUCCGAGCCAGGAGAGCUCGAACCCGGUCCCAGGGGAGACCAAUCCUGUCGAUCGAAACGUCGAAAGUCUAUCACGGGCAAUGCACGAGGUGCACAUUAUGGGGAAGAAAGGGCAAGAGAGCCUCGACUUUUCUGAAGGCCGAGACCCCGGGACUCUGAAACGGGAAGCUUCUUUCGAAGACGAUCGUACACACCUAUCGAAUUCCUCAACGAAACAGACCAGUUUUGAUUCCAAGAGCAUGGCAUCGGUCACCACCUUUGCCAUGGAUGAGAAAGACUCCUUGCGACCUGACGAUAGUGCCAGCGUUCAGGCUGUUGAUGAGGAGGAAAGCCUCUCGGGGGUCGCCUCGGGUGCACCCAACUCGCUGACCGGGUCCGAAGCCGGUGCUCGGGGAUUUAGGGACUUACAGAGAGCCCGGGCAACGCUGCAAAACAUGGGCCCUGGCUACGAUGGUGGUCAGCGAACCAACGGUGCUGUCAUGCCCGACUCCGUGUCUAACAAUUAUGUUGUGUCCAACCCCGAUGCUUUCUCGGGAGGUCAACCUAUCCCCAUGCAUCCAUUCCCUCUAGAUCCGGACGAGAAGCUGCUGGAGGCAAUGAAGUCUCCGAAGGACCGUCUUUUGAUCUUGCAACUGGAAGAUAAAGUGCGAAGUUUCAUUGAGAAGUCCACGGAUCAAUCUUUGGAAUUACCGCCUUCUAAUGCCUUUGGCCGACUUCUCGCGCAUAAGCUAGGGGAUUAUUACCACCUGACUCACUUUGUGGAUAACAACGUGACGUCCGUCCGACUGCAUAGAACCCCUUUCUGUCGACUGCCUACUCCCCUCUCUGCUUUGCACGCUGCUACUAACAGCACACCACCUCCGGCCAUGCCUGCCAUGAAGAUCAUGCGCCGCACCGAUAGUGAACGGCCUUCGGCGGAAGGGAGUACGGCGGCGAGCUCGGGCUUCCUUUCCAAAAAUGGAUCGGAGGCUGGGGACAGUGGAAACGACGGAGAGCGUGGCAGCUCUUCGGCCGGAGCAACACCGGCCAAGGACCGCAUGAUUUUGACCCGGGAGGAACGAGAGGCUAAAUAUCAUGAAGUCAGGGAGAGAAUCUUCCGCGAUUUCCCGGACUCGAAAUCCUCCGACAACGCGGGUGGUGACCAAGGCACCAACAUGUCGCGAUCGAGUUCAACGAGUGGACGCAAGAAGACGCAGAGACAGAAGACCCCCCACGAUGACAGCUUCGAGGUCCGUUCCCAGUUCAACGCCUACUACCCCGGGAUGCACUAUGCUCAAGGAGCGCUCCCGUACAACGUGGCUAUGAAUGAUCCGUCGUUUCCCAACCAGCCCUGCAUGGUAGGCCCCGGCGUGUCUCCGCCGGGGAUGGGAUAUGUGCACAGUGGUCAGAACGGUAGCAUGUUUUCUGCUCCUAUGAACCCCAUGCCUCAAUACCCAAUGCCCACGUCUCCACAAAUGGCUGCCAGUGGUCCGUGGCAAAACGGAGCCGUGCCUCAGCAAUCCCCCUACUCUGGAUAUGCCGCCAUCAAUCAAUCACCGGCGAUGGCGGCGGCCAAGCCGUCCUCAGCCAUGAACAACUAUCCCAUGGCAGGUGCCCCACAGUUCCAGCAGACUCCAUCGGCCUGGUCUUCUUCGCCUUACCACGGAGGGUACCAACAAUCAGCACAUCGGAAUCACCCGCCUGUUCCCUGGCAAAACUACUCGUCGCAGCCCAUCAACCCGACCUCCUACCCCUACACACAGUACCCGGGGCAGCCGAUGAACCCGGGAGUACAGAAUCCUUCGGGGGCGCAUCCUUUGCCCGGCAGUUUCACACGCCCGUCUUUCAACCCCCAGACACGCUCCUUUGUUCCGGGCGGGGCCCCCUUGGCUCGCCAUCCGAGCAAGGGUAACCAGAAUGGCAUCAACUCGUAUGCUACCAUGCAGGCUGGUGUCUCUCCCCAAGCAGCAGCAGUCUUGGGGGGUCGGGAUUCGAUCGCAAAAUGGGGAACACCGUCUCAUCUUCCCCCUAAGCCGCCACCAUCCGAAGUUCCAUCUGACUUUGACCUGAAGCAUCGGGCAGGAGGUGGCACAACUCAUUCGUACCCCAACAACAAUAUCCCGAAUCCGAAUAAUGGCCCACUUGUCGUUUCCGGAGGCACAGCUCUCCCGCGAGCUAACUAACGCCUCGUCGUUUCGUAUCUUCUCUAGGGUUAGAGAAGAAAGAAAAAAAGAGCAAAAGACAAAAAAAAUUUUUUUUAAAAAAAAAAAAAAAA